AUGCAGCACCAAGCCACCGAAAUGCAGAACCUCGAAGAAAUCGCCAACCACCUGCACACAGCCCUAGUCCCCCUCUGCGCCUCCUUCUGCCAGACCCACGCCGCCCGCACCGGCACCAGCACCAACGCUCAGGAGCUGCGCGCCGAGCACACCUGGCUGACCCAGUUAAUCCUACACGAGGUGAUCUUCGCGGCCUUUUCGUUUUCCGGCGACGAAGCGGUACGCGAGCAGCGGAAGGAGCUGGUUGCGUCGGCGCAGGCGCUGCUGGCUUAUCUAGAUACGAAGCUGCCUACUGCGGCGCUUGCCGCUGACGAGGAGGCGAAGGAGGUAGCGAGGAAGGCGACGGAGACUUGGGGCUGGAUUGAUGGGUGGGUUAUGCCGCCUACGCCUGGGGAGUGGCCGGUUGAGAAGUAA